AUGUAUCCGCUCUCAAAAUCAAUUAAAAAUUCGUUAACCGUGUUCAGAUCCGAAUCUGCUUUAAUACAAUGCCAGUGCACGCAACCUGAACCACUGGAUUUUCCAUUAAUCUUUUACCGCGGUGAAAGUCAUCUACCAUCUCAGGAAUUUCAAUAUAUGCAGAAUAAUGUAGGUGGUCUCGUUUCAACGAAUGCCUUCUGUUCUACAUCAAAAUCGAAAGAUGUUGCAAUGAUAUAUGCGGGUGGUGGUGAGGGUAAAGAUUCAGAAGAAUUUAAGGUUGUUCUCUUUGAAAUAACUGUGCAUAAAACUCAAUAUAAAAGUGUAACAUUCGUAGAUAUCGAGCAAUGUGUUAUUAGCAAUCAAUCGGUAUGUGGAAGUGAACAGGAAAUUCUAUUUACAAUUGGCUCAGUUUUUAGAAUAGAUGGUGUGGAAAGAGAUGAAGAUUUAAAAGUAUGGAAAAUCUGUAUGACAGCUACAGACGAGACGUUCCCACAGUUAAACGAACAGAUCAGACUAGUGAAACUGAGAUACGAAAACGAAAAAAACAGUAACUUGUUAUUUGGGCGAUACUUGAUAGAUAAUGGACACUAUGCUAAGGCAGAAGCUUAUUUUCGUUUAAUGUUACAAAUUGACGAGUCACCCUAUGUGUUUGACUAUCUUGGAAAUCUCUAUAUGUGUAUCACAAACUGGCAAGAAGCCCAAAAGAAGUAUGAGAGAGCAUUGCAAAUGAAAACUGAUCCGAGAGAUUUAGCUGUAACCUACGUUUCCUUAGGUAACUAUUACAGAGCUAUUCAGCAGUACGACAAAGCUUCAGAAUGUUAUAUGAAAGCUUUGAAAUACUGGAAUAAGGAGAAAGAUCAGAUCAAUAUUGCUAUUACCCAAUUAAACUUAAUUUCGAUCCAUUCUAAAUGUGCUAAUGACUACAGCGUUGAAGAAGAUAUUGAUUCCUGUCUGAAAAUACAUGAUCUCUUGGAGCAACAGAUACAAGAACCACGAUUAUACGUUGAAAUUAUCUACUGUCAAAAUUUACUUGGUGAAAGGUACUCUACUAAAGUGAACUAUGAAAAAGCAGAAGAAUUCUACUUGGCUGCAUUUGAGAUAACAAAACAAUUUCUGUCUAUUGGAAAUUCUUAUCAAAUUCGUUGUAUUCGUACCCUAUCAAAUCUGUAUCAGAAGGUCGAUGAAAAUAAUAUGCGAGCACUUUCUUUUUGCAAUGAAGAACUCAAAAUACACGAAAAUCGCUUACCUGAAAAUCAUUUAUCUAUUGCACAUUUAUUAAUGCUUAGAGCUGAGUUAGUUACGUCUGUGGAUGAUCGCUUUACUCUGUAUGAAAGAGCACUCUCAAUUAUACAGUGCCAAGAUUAUAUUGAAUAUCAGACAAUGGCAAAUUGUUUCUUAGCAAUAGGUGACUGCUAUAAUAAGAAAGAUAUUUACAAUAAAUCGGUGAAAUACUAUCGAAAAGCUUAUGAUAUUCAAAAGAAAAUCUAUCCACCUGAUCAUGUUGCACUCUUGUCUACGAACAAUCUUAUUGAUUCAGCUGAGAAAGACAACAUUGAUACUCAAUAA